GGCACCAGGCAGGGCUGCCUCUUGUCGCCCCUCAUCUUCAGCAUGUGUAUAAGCUACGUCCUAGAGCGGACUGAUCUAGGAGAAGGAGCCAAGAUGCACAGAGCAAAACUACUAGAAAAGGACGAGGGCACCGCAGUGGGAGUAGUCCGACUAGGCCAUCUGCUAUACGCUGACGACAUCGCGCUGCUAGCAGAAGACGGAGAGAGCCUAAGGGGAGCCACGCAGGGGCUGGUAGACACGACGUUAGAGCACGGUCUGACGGUCAACCUGGCAAAGACGAAGUGCGUA